CAUCACAGGAGUGGAUGGGAGCGAGCGAGAGAGAAAGAGAGAGAGGGAGAAAGCUCAAGAAGAUGCAACUACUCUGGCGCGGCAUCUUGGUAGAGCUCCGAGCUUAAGGGAAGCAAGUUUUAGACGCGUGCGCCGUCAGUUCUUGUCUCGCAUAUUCCGGGUCCUCCUAUAGAUGGAAGAAGCCGUGGACUCGCUCCACGUUGCUGCUCUGAUGAGCCCACUGGCUGAAACGUGCAGACGAGCAACAGCUGGGCUGACUGACGUGAAGCCCUUUGGAUCUCAGCGUCACCUGGACUUGAUCUCUCCUUGUUGACUGAGCACCGACCUCUCAUCGCUCUACUUCGUUUCCACUCACCUAAGGCAGCCGCACCUCAACAUCUGCGUCGUGGGAUUGAGCGGCUCAAGUCCUCCCCGACCCGCACUUUUUGUCUUUUUUUUGUUGUUGUUUUUUCUCCCCCCUCCCCCGGUAGAUGUGUGUCCCCGGGCGGCACUGGACUGCCACCCUCAAAGUCUCCCCUGCACCGGCCCACAGCCCCUGGAAGCCACCUGCCGCGCCCCCGGGAUGGUGUGACCGCCAGCCAGCUGUUGGCCGUCCCGCAUCUGGGCCAAGAUGCCCGUGAUGAAGGGCCUCCUGGCCCCACAGAACACCUUCCUGGACACCAUCGCCACGCGCUUCGACGGCACCCACAGUAAUUUCCUGUUGGGUAACGCCCAGGGCCACCGCGGCUACCCCAUCGUCUACUGCUCCGACGCCUUCUGCGAACUCACCGGCUUCACCAGGACCGAGGUCAUGCAGAAGAACUGCAGCUGCCGCUUCCUGUACGGCGCCGACACCAGCGAGCACGUGGCCCACCAGAUGGAGAAGGCCCUCGAGGGCCGGGAGGAGUACCAGGCCGAGGUCCACUUCUACAAGAAGAACGGCGUGGCCUUCUGGUGUUUCCUCGACAUCGUGCCCAUAAAGAACGAGAAGGGCGAAAUGGUUCUCUUCCUGUUCUCCUUCAAGGACAUCACUGACACCUAUGGACGGGGCCACCACAACAGCAAGAAGGAGGGUCCGGAGGACAAGAGGCGCAGGAGGAAGAGCAGCCCCCACUUCGUGGAGGCCAGGAGGCGGGGACGCACCAUGUUGUACCAGCUGACCAGCCAGUUCUCCAGGGGAGGCAAGAGAGAAGUCAACCUGGGGGGCAGCAUGAUUGCGAAGCCUUCAAUACCGGAGUACAAGGUGGCAGCAGUGCAGAAGUCACGCUUCAUUCUGCUCCACUACAGCAUCUCUAAAGCCCUGUGGGACUGGCUCAUUCUGCUGGCCACCUUCUACGUGGCCGUCACCGUGCCCUACAACGUCAGCUUCACGCCGUACGACGACACCGUCACGGCGGCGCGCUCCACCAUCGUCAGCGACAUCGUGGUGGAAAUGCUCUUCAUUACGGACAUUAUCUUAAACUUUCGCACCACCUACGUGAGCCAGUCGGGGCAGGUGGUGUAUGAGGCGCGCUCCAUUUGCAUUCAUUACGCCACCACCUGGUUCUUUGUGGACCUGGUGGCUGCGCUGCCCUUUGACCUGCUGUAUGCCUUCAACAUCACAGUGACCUCCCUUGUCCACCUGCUUAAAACGGUACGCCUGCUACGCCUCCUCCGUCUGCUUCAGAAGCUGGAUCGCUAUUCCCAGUACAGCGCCAUGGUGCUGACCUUGCUCAUGUCCGUGUUCGCCCUGCUGGCGCACUGGAUGGCCUGCAUCUGGUACAUGAUUGGACGUAAGGAGAUCGCGACCAAUGACACCUGGGACAUCGGGUGGCUUCACGAGCUGGGCAAACGUCUCGAGACGCCCUACACCAACAGCACGGCGGGCGGCCCGACGGUGCGCAGCGCCUACAUCGCCGCCCUUUACUUCACCCUCAGCAGCCUGACCAGCGUGGGCUUCGGCAACGUCUGCGCCAACACCGACGCCGAGAAGAUCUUCUCCAUCUGCACCAUGCUCAUCGGCGCGCUGAUGCACGCUCUGGUCUUCGGCAACGUGACGGCCAUCAUCCAGCGAAUGUACUCGCGGCGCUCUCUGUAUCACACGCGCAUGACCGACCUGAAGGACUUCAUCCGCGUCCACCGCCUGCCGGAGCAGAUCAAGCAGCGCAUGCUGGAGUACUUCCAGACCACGUGGUCCGUCAACAAUGGCAUAGAUGCCAACGAGCUCCUGCACGACUUCCCCGACGAGCUGCGGGCCGACAUCGCCAUGCAUCUGAACAAGGAUAUCCUCCAGCUGCCGGUCUUUAAGGGGGCCAGUCGUGGCUGCCUGCGCUCGCUCUCCCUGCACAUCAAAACGUCUUUUUGCGUCCCCGGGGAGUACCUCAUACGUCAGGGUGACGCGCUGCACGCCAACUACUUUGUCUGCUCGGGGUCCCUGGAGGUGCUGAAAGACAGCAUGGUGCUGGCAAUAUUAGGAAAAGGGGACCUGAUUGGGUCCGACCUGCCUGGAACCGACCAGGUGAUCAAGACCAAUGCUGAUGUGAAGGCCCUGACCUACUGUGACCUCCAGUACAUCAACGUGCGCGGCCUGAGAGAGGUGCUGGAACUCUACCCGGAGUACGCCAGUGUGUUCACCUCCGACAUCCACAACAACCUGACCUACAACCUGCGUGAGGGCAGCCAGGACGAGGGCCUCAGCAGGUUUUCAAGGUCACCCAGACUUCCACACGAAACCCGCCUUCCCUCCAUCGUGGAAACCAAGGGCGAUGACCCCGACGACUCCUUCCACCUCUCUCCAGCCGCGCGCUCCCGUCGCAACCUCCUGCUGCCCAACUUCAGCAGCCCCGUCCGGCGCACCUCCCUGGGGAACCUGCUGGGAGACGAGUUGCGGCAGUUCAACGCCCUGCGGCGCUGCCGUUCACCCAACCUAAGCCGCGGCGUCCACGGGCAGAGCUCGUCCCCUCAGCCGCCGUCGAAAAAGGAGCACGGCCCCCUCAAGGCCGCCGCGGCCUCGACGUUAGCCCAGGGGGGGUCGGAGGCCGAGAAGAAGCCUUCGAAGCUGCUCAUCCCAACCGUCACCUGCUUCGGACCACCAGAUCUGAGUCCCAGGGUCGUAGACGGCAUCGAAGACAACGGACACGCGUUCCACUUCAACGUGGAGCACAGCCGGCCCGACGCCAGCGCGGGAGGCAGCACCCAAGACUCCACUCAGGCUAAUGCUAAUGCUACUAUGCUGCAUGAGACACAGGAGGUCAAACAGAUCAUCAGCCAACUCAACCAAAAGAUGAGCACAUUAAACCAGGCAGUAUCCAACCUCACCAAGGACCUGCACCACAUGAUGCAUCUACUUCAGGCGCACAUGUCUGUGCAACACUACAAAGCCUCCCUGCCUUCGUUCCCGUAUGGCAUCCAAACGUUGUCCAGCCCCUCUGCAGUCCACAACACCGGAAUGCCCUUCGAGUUAGCGCCGACCUUCCACCCCAAUAGCGAUCCCGGGAGCCAGGAGGGCCCACAAAGCGUUGAGCCCGUUGGCCACUGGAACUACAGUGGAACUGCUGCAACCCAAACGGAGCGCCAGCACGGGCCUCAACCCUCUAGUCCACCUGCCAACUCCUGUCUGCCCCUCUCCGUACACUCUGCGUCCAGGUCAGGCCCGCGUCACAUGACCGCACAGCUCCGGCCGGGCCCGUCCCCUCUUGGUGUCGGCCCAGGCGCCGCACCUCCGGCCAGCUUGGAGGAGUCCCGCGACAGGCUUCUCGGUGCUAGCUCGACCAGCAUCAGCCGGUCCCAGCCCACUUUGUGCCUGCAGCCUCCCGGCGAUGGCGAUGAACGCUCCCGCCUUCUGUCCGGUGUUCCCCCGGGUACGUCCGCGCACAGCCUGCUGGACUCGUCCCACCUCAACCUAUCGCGCGAGGACAUUUGUGUCUUGAUGUCGGCCCCGGCAUCCCACAAUCGGAUCCAGGACGCGUCCAUCUUCCAAAGCGAGGACUCGCACCCGUCGGCCCGCACUCCGUCUGCAUCUCCACCCGUGUUGCCGGGUCACCCGGAUUCAGCCUCGCAGCGGCCGGACGCUGUCCAGCCUCAUCUCCUACUGGGCGACCCGUCUGCCGCGGAACACACCAGUCUGGAGUGCCUACUGGGGAACGGAGGCUCUACGGAGAGCCGGGACAGUGAAAGUGUGUCGUCGCGAAGGUCCAGCAUCGGUGUUCAGACGCAGAGCACGGAGCAGUCGUGGUGUCUGGACCUCACAGAUUAAACUGUUUUAAGGGUAAACCCACUGACCUCUGAUUGGGGGAGAACAAGUUAAAGACAAGUAACUACUUCAAGUGUUAAAGAGACCCUGCUGGAGAAUGUCAAUGUGUGCGGUAUUUCCACGCAAUUUUCACUAUUUCUAUGCAAAAGCAUGUCAUUUGUGCAUUAUCUUGGAUUUACUGAAGUGUGUCUUUAAAACAUUUCCAGUGUAUACUCUAUUUUUUUCCAACACCCCUUAGUGCAAUUUGCAGUUGAUAAUACCCGUUACCUCCUUGCAUGGUAAAGCUGUUUAUUCUUUUUCCUAAGGAAAAGGUUUCCAAACUAAUGUGUAUGCAUUCUACAUGACAACCUGUUGAUUGUGAUACUGUAUUUGUAAAGCAAAUAAAGUGGUCUGCUGCUUAAAUAUAUGAAGGAACAAAAGUGACACGCGCGUCACCUUGCAUUUAGUGACUAGAGUACGUGCAUUAUUGAGCAUUGAUUGUUUAUUGUUUUGAAUUGAAUGUUUUUCUCCCCUCAGCAUUUUCUAUUAGUGAGUUCUUGGGGUAUAAAUAUCCAACCUCCACUGUAAUAUUCUAUUGGAUAUUUCCAUUUUUAUGCUUUCUUCAUCCACAUUGAGAUUUCUUAUUAUUUUCCACACAACGGCGUUAAAUAUAGCCGUGAAACAAUUGAUUUCUUACCGUUCUACACACAAGUUAGCUGUGGAUAGAUAAACAUAAAUGAAAACAAACAUAUUUAAAAUAAAAGAGAUUCCCAUUAAAUACUGUCAUUAAUUUACUAAAUAUGAAUGCCUACUGGGGGAAAAACAUUCAGAAAAUUUGUUCUUUUUCAUUGAUUUCUCUUAAGCUGACAAAAUAAAGUAUGCAGAAACGAA